AUGAGCGUAAAUGAACGUAUUUUCUCGGUCUCCUCUUCUCUCGCCUCCACCUGUUCUGACGGCUCAGUCGGACCCUCGGGCCUUGUGGUUGCCGAGGCGGCCUUGUGUGAAAGCCGGUCCGUUUGGCAAAAUCCGAGUGGAGGAAUGGGUCUAGGCGGACCGGGCGGAGAGACGGAGGCAGAGGUUACAGUUCAAGGCAUACAUGGUCUGUUGGGUUGA